AUGGCAUGGCAGGGUGAGCCUUCCGUGGCUGCAGUUCCGGCGGCAGUGGCGCCACCUGUGGCGCGUGCCAAGAACAGCAGCACGCGGCGGCUGCCCAUCAUGGAACCACAACCACCGCCGCUCAACGCCGGCCAUGAGCGGGGGCUCAGUGAUGAAUAUGAGAAAUUGGAUGCUUGUCCUGUCUGCGAUGCAAAACAGUAUAAGAUCAGGCAAAAUGAUUCUGGUGAUGUCGACGGGGAGCCCGCCAAGAAAAAAGUUUCCGCUAAGUGUUCGCCGCCAUUCCCCCCCGACGAGAUCGAUCCCUCGGACCGGCCGCCCGUCGACGCUGCCACCGCCGUCCUCCUCCACGUCGCCCUAGCUUCUCUGUGCCGGCAAACUCUGUGCCACCAUCCUCGCCGUGCCAUCUGCGCCGCCCUCCACCGCUCCAGGCCCUUCGCGCCACCCCCUCCCACGCUGUCCCUGCGCGCGCCGCCGCACGUCGUCGUCCCCUCAGGCGCCGGCCUCCUCCACGCGCGAAAUGACCUCCGCAGGUCCUGCGCCGCCCUCCUCCGCGCCAGCGGACACUCCCCGGCGUCCUCUGCGCCAUCCUCCUCCGCCCCGCCCCCUCCACGCCGCCCUCCCAUUGACGUCGUCGUCCUCCGUGCGCGCCUCGUCGUCCCUCCUCCAGCGCCGCCGCCUCGCCCUCCCCGACGUCGCGCCGACUGA